ACAGGGCACCGUGUAAAGUAGCGCGUUGGCAAAGCUCUAUAAGCCAUCGGGCGUAAAGAAACCAUAUCCGAAGUUCCCAAGAGCGUGUCAAAAUUACCAAUCCCCGCUGGUCGUACAAAAAACAAUUUAUAGAUCCAAGAAGACGAUCACGAAGAUGGUUUGCCUGGCGUGUUUAUUACCCCUUUUCUUGGUACCCAUCGUCAACAUUCUUCCUCUUCUGUUCCAUUUAAUCAUGGGAAAAGUUUAUGGGAUAUUUGGUUGGGAAUACAGGAAGCCGGAGAGGGUUCCACCGGCUUGUCCUUAUAAGCCUGCAGCCAAGAAGGAUAGCAAAGCGGGGGUGGAAACUUCCACUGAACCAGCUCCACCCGUGUCUUUCUCAAAACCUGUGGGAGUGGCAGAUGACAAGCAGGACUGAGGCUGGUCUACUUUCUUUGGUGCCUGGGCAUUGGGGAGGAAAGCCAUUGCUUAUGAUUUUGUUUGUUUUGAUUCUCCGAACUAGACGUUUGUUGGAAACUGUAUAACCUUUUAUCAUAUUAACUAUUCGGGCCCGAAAAGAAGAAAGGUGGAAAAAUAUCGGAUUAAAUGAAAUCAGAUAUUGCAUAUGAAAAUUGUUUUGAUAUGGCAAUUGUAGUACAUUUCCAAAAAAAUUAAGAAAAAGAAGGAUAGCAAUUGUAGUUGUGACUUC